GUAUUUUCAUUUGUGUUAGUUAAAAAAUAUAUGUUAAUGAACUGAAAUGUGUGUCGUUGUUGCUGUAUAUUUUCGUGUUUAUUUCUUCAAUAAACGAAAAAAUUAGUGAUAGAUUUAUUUAAUCAGAUACUAUCUUAAUAAGUUAGUUAACCGCGGUCAUUAUAUUUUAAGUAAUUAGUAGUUCGCGUGAUUAAACCAGCUAUCAACGAAAUGUAAAAAGUAAAAGAGAUUCGUCACGAUGCCUACUUAAAUUGAAGUAGUAAAUCAUGGACCCGGAUCUGUGGAUACUUUGAAAAUGCCAUCUUCGAUUGAACGAUGUAACAGGUAGCAGCAGAUACUUGAAUCAAAAUCGAAUCGCAAAAAUGGGCAUGUGUUGCAGUCAACAUAAUCAAGAAGCGAGCCGCCAAUUGGUGUACCAUCACACGUACAAGAAUCGAGAAUGCGGCUCGCUGGAAAUGCCACCAGCCAGUAUGAUUACCAAUGGAUUCGUCGGCGCUGAUCCUCGCUACAUUCCCGAUUUCAAUCGUAUGACUGGCACCAAUGUCAGGAGACAUGGGGCUGAUAUUAUUCGAACACCUACGACCUCUUUUGGAAAUAACAUGACCAAGAGUAGAAUCGUCGUAGCUGUGUAUAAUUAUCAAUCGAGAGAAGCUUCCGAUGUAUCAUUUGUGAAAGGCGAUCGUAUGGAGAUCAUAGAUGAUAGCGAAAACGAUUGGUGGCGCGUUAGGCAUCUGAAAACAGGAGAAGAAGGCCUCAUCCCCUGGAAUUUCGUAGCCGAAGAGACUUCAGUUGAAAGCGAAGACUGGUUCUUCGGUAAAAUCUCGCGUAAAGAGGCCGAAAAACUACUCAUGAGCGGAGACAACUCCAGAGGAACGUUUCUAAUCCGUGAUUCCGAGCAUAACCCGCAUGGAUAUUCGCUGAGCGUGAAAGAUUGGGAAGAAUCGCGAGGAUAUCACGUUAAACAUUAUAAAAUUAAGCCACUCGAUAAAGGAGGCUACUAUAUUGCUACUAGUCAUACGUUUCCAACGCUUCAGUCUUUGGUUACCGCCUAUUCCAAAAACGCUUUAGGUUUAUGUCACGUAUUGGCCAAGCCAUGCUCUAAACCAAAACCACAAAUCUGGGACCUCAGUCCGCAGUUAAGGGAUCAGUGGGAGAUCGAUAGAGGCGAAAUACAACUGCUCAGAAAAUUAGGACAGGGAAAUUUCGGUGAAGUGUGGUACGGCAAAUGGCGCAAUAAUAUCGAAGUUGCUGUUAAAAUGCUUCGACAAGGUACCAUGUCCACUCAGGCAUUCCUGCAAGAAGCAGCCAUCAUGAAGAAAUUCAGGCACGAUAGAUUAGUAGCGUUGUACGCGGUGUGUUCUAAAGAAGAGCCUGUUUAUAUUGUGCAAGAGUAUAUGAAUAAAGGCAGCUUAUUAGAAUUUCUACGUAAUGACGAAGGCAAAACGUUACAAUUCGGUGAUCUUAUCUAUAUCGCUGCUCAAGUUGCCAGUGGAAUGGCGUAUUUAGAAUUGAAGCAGCUCAUUCAUAGAGAUUUAGCUGCCAGGAAUGUGCUGAUUGGUGAUAAUAACGUGGCAAAGAUAUGCGAUUUUGGCUUAGCCAGAGUUAUAGAAGAUGACGAGUAUUGCCAUCGUGGUAUUUAUAAUAAACAAGGUUCCAGAUUCCCAGUGAAAUGGACCGCUCCGGAGGCCAUCAUUUACGGACAUUUCUCGAUCAAAUCGGAUGUCUGGUCUUAUGGUAUAUUCUUAAUGGAGCUGUUCACCUAUGGUCAAGUUCCUUAUCCUGGAAUGCAUGGACGAGAAGUAGUGGAAAACAUCGAACGAGGCUACCGAAUGCCCAAACCUACCUCGCAAUACUUACCCGACUCCAUAUAUCGCCUAAUGCUCGAAUGCUGGAAUAAAGAUCCGGAUAAAAGACCAACGUUCGAGUUCUUAAAUCAUUACUUAGAAGAUUUCACGAUCACUUCUGAGCUACCAUAUCGCGAAAUCAACGAUUAAACGAUGCAUUUCCUUUUUUCCCCAUUUUUUUUUUUUUUUUUUUUAAAUACAACAAACGAACAACAUAGGCUGUAGAUUUUGGCACUAGAUUCUCAUUUUUUUUUUGUCUACUUUAUCGAUUAAUUCACCAGAAGACUAUAUAUUUUUUUGUAUUCUUUAUCUUUCCUUUUCCCCUUCUCUUUCUCUCUCUCUCUCUAAUAACUUCCUUUUGUACAUUCCAAAAUAAUCUUAUAACUAUUAUUUAAACACGUUAACAAUCAUUUAUGUGUAUUUAGAAAAGGUUUUUUUUUAUUUAACUUGUGUAUAUGUAUGAGUUUGUGUGUGUGUGUCUCUCUAUGUACCAUCUAUAUGUAUAUAAUUUACAUUGUAUUAUGCGUAGCAUACUGUCAUAAGUGCACUUAUUAGGUUAUAGAAGAGUCUAUAUAUGUAUGUAUUUCUAUCGCAUGGUUUUUCUAGCUAACAGGGUCGAUCGUCGUCGAUGUAUUCGGUUAUUUUACAUCAUUUCGGUUAACGCUUUCGAACUUGAGAGCUACUUUAUUGAUAAAUAAGAAAAGAGAUACGAAAAGGAAUUUGAGUUUACGAGCCGAAGUGUUCCCGAAACAAAGAAGGAUUUUGCUUUUUGAACAAUUAUUAUUCGUAAUAAUAGAACGGAUAAUAAUUUUAAUUUAUUUUGUUACGAUUCGUGUACAUAUUGUUACGACGAUGUGGAACUAGGGCGAAGAUGUUUAAAGUAGCUGCAAGUAUACGAAUUGAUCUCUCUACGUAGAUUUAGAAGUACUCUGUUUCUGUUUUUUCUCUUUCUCUGUGGAUUUUUCUGUUUUUAUUUUUAUUAUUUCUUAACUAGUCUUUCUUGUAGUUUUGUAUACGGUUUUUUUUUUCUUCUCUCUCAUAAGAUUAGUAGGACGAAAGAUUGUGUUUUUUGAAAAAUGAAUCAAGUAAUUCGCGAUCAAAAUAGAUACUUUUUUGAAAUCCAUUCCAGAAUUAAUAAUAAUAAUAAUACGAUGACGUCAACGUGUAAUGGUCAAUUAAUUUUUAUAACUAGUCCGUUUCCAAAAUGAUGAUUUAUGUGAUUGAUUUAAGUAAGUCAUGCAAUACGUUGUGUACUUUUAUACGUCUUUUUUUUGUGUAUUUUUUUUCCUAUUUUUUACUAUUCAUCUGUUAUAACAUUAUGAAAUUAUUAUAAUAAACUUUCAUACGAUAAAAUUGUGGAAAAAAAAGAUUUAUUUUACAAGCUCUAAAUUUAGGAUAAAAAUUCGAUACAAAAGCUUAUUCUUCUUCCAUAUAGACGAUUGCUCAUGUAGGUAAUAAUCCAAAAUGACUCGAAAAAAGUACGUACGACGAUAAUACUUUGCACCUGGUUGUGGAAAGUGUGGAAUAUACAACUCGGCAGAGCUAACGUGAGUAAGGUCAGGUGUGAUGGACACCGGUGUAGAUUAUUAUCCACAUUACC